GAGGAUGUUGCGCGCGAAGGGGAAAUGGCUGCCGAAAACAAGCCGGAAGGACUGAAGAAAAUUCGUAAUCCGGAUCGAAUGUACAGAUCAGCUGUGUGUUAUGCCGGCCAUGCUCCUCCUAAGAGUAUCAGUGAUGACACAGAGAUGAACAAUGAACAUGGACAUUUGAAAAUAUACCUGCCCAAAAAGCUGCUUGAAUGUCUACCAAAAUGCUCGUCGCUGCCAAAGGAGAGACACAGGUGGAACACCAAUGAGGAGAUUGCAGCUUACUUGAUAACAUUUGAAAAGCAUGAGGAAUGGCUAACGACGUCCCCUAAAACAAGGCCACAGAAUGGGUCGAUGAUCUUGUACAACAGGAAGAAGGUGAAGUACAGAAAGGACGGCUACUGCUGGAAGAAGAGGAAAGAUGGGAAGACCACGCGGGAGGAUCACAUGAAGCUCAAAGUCCAGGGAGUGGAGUGUCUGUAUGGCUGUUACGUCCACUCCUCCAUCAUCCCCACUUUCCACCGCAGGUGCUACUGGCUGCUCCAGAACCCUGACAUCGUGCUCGUCCACUACUUGAAUGUGCCGGCCAUAGAGGAUUGUGGGAAGCCAUGCGGGCCAAUCCUGUGCUCCAUCAACACGGACAAGAAGGAGUGGGCCAAGUGGACCAAGGAGGAGCUGAUUGGCCAGCUCAAGCCCAUGUUUCAUGGCAUCAAGUGGACUUGCAGCAACGGGAACAGCAGCUCUGGCUUCUCAGUGGAGCAGCUGGUGCAGCAGAUUCUGGACAGCCACCAAACCAAGCCAACUCCCCGGACCCACAACUGCCUCUGCACAGGCACCCUGGGCGCAGGGAGCAGUGUGCACCACAAGUGCAACAGCGCCAAACACCGCAUCAUCUCCCCCAAGGUGGACCCCCGUGGAGGCUACAGCAGCGGUCACUCUGAGGUCCAGAACAACGACGUGUCCGAGGGCAAGACCGAGCACAGCAGCCAUGGAGGGGGGAAAAGUUACGGAGGGGGAGGGGGCAGCGCCAGGGAGAAACGCAACGGCAAGAUUCCCAAGCCUGUUCUCCUGCACCAGAACAGCACGGAGGUGUCCUCUACCAACCAGGUGGAGGUCCCUGACACCACCCAGAACUCCCCCGUGUCUAUCAGCAGCGGGCUGAACAGCGACCCAGACAUGGCUGACAGUCCUGUGGUGACGGGCAUGGGCCACGUGGCUUCCGUCCUGUCCAGCCUGUCCCAGAGUGUAUUCAUGUCCGAGGUGACCGGGGACCCCGGCUACAGCAUGUCCCCCAAUGGGGGCCCCAACGCCCACCUCAUGGGCCCCGACGCAGCCUCCCAGGGACUGGUGUUGUCCGGUGUGGUGGCAGACAACCACAAGUUUGCCUUCCCCAGCGGAGGGGCUGGGGAGGGUCCCGGGGGGGCAGGGGGAGCAGAUGGGCUGUCCAUGCUGUCUGCAGCCGGUGUGUCUGAGGAGCUGGUCCUGUCCAGCAGCCUGGAUGCCGGAGGCAUGAAGAUACCUGAGACCACCAUGAACUUUGACCCUGACUGCUUCCUCAACAACCCCAAGCAGGGCCAGACCUACGGGGGCAGCAGGCUGAAGGGGGGUGGCAGCUCCUCCUCUUCCUCCUCUUCCUCAAAUGGCACCAACGGCAGUAUGCAGCGCUCUCCAUCCAUGUCAGACUCUGGAUACAGCUUCAACUCUGCUCUGGUGAAGAACAUCAAGACGGAGGACAUGUCCUUCGAGCAGCAGCUGGCCACAGAGCAGGGCUAUCAGGUGGGGGCGGUGGUGAGCUGUGGAGGAGGUGGAGCUGGUUCCUCUGGGACUGGUUCAGCACAGGGCUCCCUCGGCCUGACCCCGGCUGGCUCUCUGCUGCCCUCUGGAGGAGGCCUGAGCCCCAGCACCACCCUGGAGCAGAUGGACUUCAGCGCCAUCGAUGCCAAGCAAGAAUACUCUUCCGGGGCUGGGUCAGUGGGCUAUGGCCAGGCUAUGAACAGCCCCCACCUCUCCCACCAGAGCCACUCGCCCAGCUUCUUCCUCCAGGACACCCAGCAGUCCGGCCAGGCCCAGCAGGGCAGGUCCUCCAUGGGCCAGAAGACUCAUCUGAUGGAGCACAACUCCCACGACUCCACAGCCUACAUGGGCCUACAGGUGGUCAAGACGGACUCCCCUGGAAUUAACGGCCACCUCCACCACCACCACCAGAGCCACCACAGGGCCAACUGCAACGGGGGCUCCCCCACCGAGGGGCCAGGGCAGGGGCCUGGGUCUCUCCAGCUUCUACAGUACCAGGGGGGCUUCCCUGGGCUGGGGCCAGAGCAUGAGGAGGUGGUGGGUCUGGAGCAGCCAGGCAGCGUGGGCUCAGGCCAGGCAGGGGGAACAGAGAAUGGAGAGGGCCUACUGAAGCCUGGGGAUCACCUCCAGGCCUGUGGAGGAGGCAACCCAGAGGGAGGAGGGACAGAGCACUACCUGCAGCAGGCCAACGGUGGAGGAGGUCAGGGAGGCGGAGGAGGAGGGGAAGGAGUGACCAUGCAUAACGGAAAUGGCAUCAACAACGACGGCAGCAACCGCUCACAGCAGCAGCAGCAGCUGCAGCCCCUCCUCCAGGGGGCUGGGAUGGUCCAGGGCCUUUACAACACCGUGGGGCCCCACCAGGGCCUGGGCGGAUCGGGCUCUAACGGGGGAGCAGGAGGGGGAGGCUUGGAGAUCAGCCUGGACCACUUCGACAUCUCCUUUGGAAACCAGUUCUCUGACCUCAUAAAUGACUUCAUCUCUGUGGACGGUAGUGGAACCAACAUGGCUGCCGGGGGAGCUCUGUAUAACCACCAGCUGGUGGCCAACCACGGCUCAGACGGUCAGGCCACGCCUAGUGGAGCUCCCCAGCAGGGCCAGGAGGACGGAGGGGUAGGAGGGGCCCGGGGGGCAGGAUACAGCCCCUCAGAGCUCUGUCUCCAGCCCUGCUGCAGCCCUCAGUCUCUGGGUGCCGGGGCUGGGGGUGCAGGGACGGAGUCAGGCUCUCUGGCAUACAUGGACGUGGCGGAGGUGGUGUCUGCAGCCGUGGCCCACGGGGCUCUGGGGAUGUUGCAGGCCACAGGGAGACUCUUCAUGGUCACUGACUACUCGCCCGAGUGGUCCUACCCUGAGGGAGGCGUGAAGGUGCUCAUCACUGGUCCAUGGCAGGAGGCCAGCUCUAACUACAGCUGCCUGUUUGAUCAGAUAUCUGUCCCUGCCUCUCUCAUCCAGCCUGGGGUGCUGCGCUGCUACUGCCCAGCUCAUGACACUGGGUUGGUGACACUGCAAGUGACUGCCAGUAACCAGAUCAUCUCUAACUCAGUGGUGUUUGAGUACAAAGCCCGCGCUCUGCCCUCACUGCCCUCUUCACAACACGACUGGCUCUCACUGGACGAUAACCAGUUCAGAAUGUCCAUCCUGGAGCGCCUGGAGCAGAUGGAGAGACGGAUGGCAGAGAUGGCCUCCCAUCACCAGCAGGGCAGCGGAGGAGGUGCAGGAGGAGGAGGGGGAGCAGGAGCAGGUGGAGGAGGAGGAGGCGGUGGUGGUGGUCACAACAGCCAGACACAGUGUGUGUCAGGGCAGGGGCAGGCGGGCAGCAGCUUUGAGAGCCGUGUGGUGGUGGUCUGUGAGAAGAUGAUGAACCGGGCCUGCUGGGCCAAGUCCAAACAUCUGAUCCACUCCAAGACCUUCAGGGGCAUGACCCUGCUCCACCUGGCCGCUGGGCAGGGCUACGCCACCCUCAUCCAGACACUCAUCAAGUGGCGCACCAAGCAUGCAGACAGCAUUGACCUGGAGUUGGAGGUCGAUCCCCUCAAUGUGGACCACUUCUCCUGCACCCCUCUGAUGUGGGCGUGUGCCCUAGGUCACCUGGAAGCGGCAGUGGUCCUGUAUAAAUGGGACCGACGGGCCCUGGCCAUCCCUGACUCCUUGGGACGCCUGCCCUUGUCCAUCGCCCGCUCCCGCGGCCACACCAAGCUGGCCGAGUGUCUGGAGCAGCUGCAGAGAGAGGAACAGCAGCCCCCUGCACCUCUGCCCCCCACCACACGCAUGUCCUUCUCCCCCACCCCCGACGCUCCCACCUCAGACAGCUGGAUGGUCACAUGGGCCAGCGACGGCGUGAUGGCGCCCGGCGGGAAGAAAGGAGGCUCCACCACGGCCACCUCGAGCAACCUCAACCCAGACUUGAGAAGGCCGCGAUCUGAGCCCUCCAACUACUACAGCAGUGAGUGCCAGCGAGACCUGCCCCUGGCCAAGAAACACAAGCCAAACCCAGAGAUGUUCCAGGCCCGGCCCGACAAGGCCAUGUCUGUCCCACUGAGCCUGGAGCAGCAGCAGCUACACAAGCUGUCCUUCAGCCCCAAGAGCCUGUCCCAUGAGGGCCUCAGCCCAGAAAAGAGCCUCUCUGGUGGGGGAAGUGCUGGAGAAUCCGGAGGAACCAAGUGGCGCUCCAGGGAGGGUUUCUCCAGUGGGGGCUCAGGCAGGAAGGGCUCGGGGGGCUCUGGGGGCAGCAGCCUGGGAAAGGAGAAGCUGGCUAGCAGGCUGAGACAGAGGGAACAGCUGGGGAACAUGCUGGUGAUAGCUGAGAGAGAGAUGGUGAGCACUGAGCUGCUGUCCUACAGAGAAGAUCUGGAGAACCAGGACUGCAUGACACAGAUGAAUGACCUGCAGGUGAACAUGAUGACUCUGGCAGAGCACAUCAUUGAGGCGACCCCAGAGAGGAUCAAGAGGGAGAACUUUGUGGCCCUGGACGGGGUGCCUCUGGACAGUACUGGGGUCAGCAACACCAUGAGCUGGUUGGCCAGUUACCUCGGAGACGUGGAACAGCUGCCCAGCAUUAUACAUCUACGAUCUCUGUACAGUGGACCUCUCGCUCCGUCCUCCAGCCCAGGGGGGUCUCCCCUGAGGGAGGGGUCCAUGGGGAGGCCCACCCUGCCCCCCCCGGCCGACUGGAGCGAGUUCCUCCAGGCCUCCAACAGCAAGGUGGAGAGAGACCUGGCCCAGCUCACCCUGUCCGACCCCGAGCAGAGGGAGCUGUACGAGGCCGCCCGUCUAGUCCAAACUGCCUUCCGCAAGUACAAGGGGCGCCCAUUCAGAGAUCAACAGGAAGUAGCUGCGGCCGUCAUUCAGCGUUGUUACAAGAAGUACAAACAGCUUACAUGGAUAGCCUUGAAGUAUGCACUUUAUAAGAAGAUGACGCAGGCCGCCAUUCUUAUCCAGAGUAAGUUCCGCAGCUACCAGGAGCAGAGGAAGUUCCAGCAGAGCAGGCGGGCGGCCGUGCUGAUCCAGCAGUACUACCGCGGCUACAAGGAGUUUGGCAGGCUCAGGCCCCACCGCAGAGGAGCCGCCGCCGCCCUGGUGCAACAUAAACUCAGAAGUAGUCUGCUCUCCAAGAGGCAGGAUCAGGCUGCCAGGAAGAUCAUGAGGUUUCUACGCCGCUGCCGCCACAGCCCCUUGAUGGACCAUAGACUGUUCAAGCGGAGUGAACGAAUCGAAAAGGGCCAAGGAACAUGAGAACCCUCAGAAGAGCCCCCUCACAAUGUGACAUCACUCUCCUCCUUUUCUUUCCCCCCUUUGUACCCAAGACAUUUUACAAGAGAAGAAAAUAAACAGUUCAGUGAAAACACUGGGAUUAUUAUUACAACUAUGACAGCGUGACUGAUUCCACUUCGAUUACAUGUACAACAACAACAGCAUUUUUCACGUUUAUCUAUCGUUGUGUAUGUUGGAGAGUGGCAACUUCUUCUGUAGAAUUCUAAACUAAAGGAGAAGAAGCUGUGGGGGGCAGAACAUUAGCUUCAUGACAUUUUUUGCACUUUUUCAUGGAUUGCUUUGUCUUUUUGGGAGUAUCGGAGUCUAGGUUUUUAGAUGGUAAAGGAAGAGGAAUGUUGGACAUGUGGAAAAGGUCCCUGCCACCAGUGGAUCAAACCAAAAGGAUAAGAUGGAGGACAGCGAGGAUGGAGGACAGACGCCAACCAGAACAUAAGGAAACAUUACAGAAACACAUUGGGACUUGGCUCUAAUUGUAUUUCAUCAUUUUUUUAAAAAAGUGAACUGAUUCAUCCAUUUGAAGGAGAAAACAUGUCAUCUAAUGAACCAAACAUUCUCGGUAAUAUAAUUGAUCCAUUUGCAAACGUACUCUCCCUAUCAACAGUCGGUGAAUACAUUCAGUAUCGUAACUGGAAAUAGAUCAAGCGUCCUUCUGUUACGCUGUGCUCUACUCCGCCAGUCAGUCCGAAGGGGUGGGGCUGCAUCUGAAUGUAGGAGGGGUGUGAGAAGGAAUGGGCGGGGCUUAUUAAAAUAAUGGCUUAUUUUGUUAUCUACGUUUAGGGGGCACUGUGAGGCAAGAGAUAAAGGGAUUCAAUGGUGUGUGUGUUUUUUUUAAUAUAUAUGUUUAAUUCCUCUUUGCUUGAAUCUGUUCCGUGCUUACCCAUUACCGGGAUAACUGACUUGUCUCCUAAAAAAUGAUGUGUUGUCGAUUUUAUCAAAUGUGCAUGCCUAUGGGUGAAGGUCUUCGCCUGCGUGCUUGGAAUUAGGUCUGUAACCUCUGUUUUUCAAUGUUUUGCGUUUGUCUUCAUGUUAAAAUGCAACAGUCUCCCAUGUACCCACCUACUUCCCCAAGAGUCAUUCAUACCCUCUAGUUACUGAAUGACAUUCAUACCCUCUAGUUACUGAAUGACAUUCAUACCCUCUAGUUACUGAAUGUCGUUCAUACCCUCUAGUUACUGAAUGACAUUCAUACCCUCUAGUUACUGAAUGACAUUCAUACCCUCUAGUUACUGAAUGACAUUCAUACCCUCUAGUUACUGAAUGACAUUCAUACCCUCUAGUUACUGAAUGACAUUCAUACCCUCUAGUUACUGAAUGACAUUCAUACCCUCUAGUUACUGAAUGACACCAACAUUGUCCUCUUGUUUUCUUUUUCAUUUGCCUUAUUUGUUUCCUCGGUAUUCUAAAAAGAAAGAAAACUUGCCUCUUUUGUGUUGUAAUGAUUACAGUCAUGAAGGUUAUUGUCGUUCUUUUUAAAUGAACUUCAGGGCCUGUGAGGGCUUUUGAGGGGAAGAUCACAUACAUUGCCUUGACAUCUUAGAGAUUCUUCGAGGGGUCCCUAAGCUAGUCCCAAAAUAGGGGUUAGACAAAUCCAUAUUUUUGACAAUUGAGCGGUUUCUGUAUAUAAAGAAGGCUGAAGGUACGUAGGGAAAAACAUUUACCCAAAGGGGAUUGUAUUUUAGAAAUAUAUUAUUUUAUUCAUUAAAAAGGGGUCAAAAACAGGUACGAGACAAAAACAGAAUAUUUGUAUAGUUUUGUUUGAAUGCCUAAGAAGUAUGGUUGUAUUGAUUGUAUAUAGUGUAAAUACCUGGGAUAAAAAUGAGCUAUGUGCAUGAAAAACAUGAACAAAGGUUAAAAAACAAAACACUAAACAAAAGCAGUAGUGGCUAUGCUCUGUAAAAUGAUUCUAACUAUUUCACUAUAAGAGUAUUUUAUUUUAUUUUGAUUGUUCUUGAGAAGAACAUUUUGCUAAAGCAUGACAUUAUUGCGAAUACUAAAAAGUUUUAAAAAAUAUAUAUAAUGUAUUUAGAGAUAGGAGAAAUCUGCAAAAUGAUCUUAAGACAUGUAUGGUUAUGUUUACAUUUUUGUUUUGGGCUACCAAGAAUCUUUUGCCAAUGGUGCCAAGUAAUGUGAAUGCUAUAUUGCUUAACAAGAGAAUUAAGUUAAUCUUAUCAGAACAGAUAAUCAUACAAUGAAAUAGACACUAGCAUUGAAGACCACAAGGUCCCAUCACGACUGGCAGCGAAUCACAGAUAGAGGUACACAUUGCAGAGGGAGAAAUAUUUCUACAGCAACUUUUAAGUCUCCUGUUUCUCAUCCAUUAUCACACGUCAGAACAACCCAAGAUUUGUUUUUGUUGCCAUCAUCACCAAAUACACAGGGAUCACUUUGUCAGUAACAUUUCAAAUGCAAAAGAAUGGUGUGCUUUAUUUUAUCCGUAUGAGAGAAGGGUGGUGGUGUCAAUGUCUCUUAGCAUGUUCGUAUGGAUUGUGUUCAUAUAAAGAUUGUAAAUGGCAACCGUGUCUAUGGGAAUCUCAGCCCUGUUUUUUCUGUUGUUGUUCAUAGUUGAGCUUGAUUGAACAUGUGUUUCAUAGGACAACUCACGGGUGAUGAAAUAGACGAUAUCAACUUAUCAAACUGCUGACACAAGACAUUUGUUUUUACGUUUGGGCUGGAAGCUUAACUUUACCAAGGCCUGUCAGGGUCUGGACAGACCAGAGUCAACAUGUAAUGUGGCCAACAGUGAAUGAUGUGUAGCAUCGCUGGCAUUCUUUGUAAAAGUAAACGAGUCAUUUGCCUGCAGAAGCAACACUUUAAACAAUCGAAAGUGCAACAACAACAAAAAGAACGGAUGGGGUUUAUGGUGAAACACAUGAACCAUUAUGGAUCGUUGCAGCUAAUUCAAUGAGCCAAAAGGAGGGAUCUGUAAGCGUAACAAGAUGCACCACUACUAUUAUAGCAACUUCUGAGGAAGAAUACAAUGUAUGUGUCUGGUUCCUAAUGGGGUAUGUGAGGGCAGUGUUUGAAAGAUGAUGAAAUGAAAUGUGGGAAGUGGGAACAGACCCAUUGAUACCAGUUGAUUAUACUGUAUCUGUGAAUGCAUGAUAGAGACUAUCCAAUGGUAUUCAAUCCUAGACCAUAAGUGUCUGCUGGUUCUUGCAGUUUUGCUGAUAUAUAUUAUAUUCCUAUAAGAACAUGCCAUUGGACAAUUACAUUUUGUUGUUUUAAAUGCUGAAAAGCAUCUCAAGACAAUGUUGGCUGUUCUGAUGUUUUUGUUUUUAUGUACUUCUGGGUUUAUUUCUCUGUAUGUGUGUGUUUAUUUCACAGAGACUUGAUAUGUAAACCUAUUUUCAGAGUGUUUAUGUAGAAAGUGCCUAAUCAUAUCCUGAUUGAUCGCACAAAGCCAAUGUCAGGAAGCAUGCAAGGUACCUAAGGAGGAAAACAUGGCUUUGGAGAUACCAAUAGCAACUGAUCCAUAAUUCUUUAGGACUACUGUAUAUCAAGUACAUACAAUAUAUCAAUCCAAAACCAUCACCAAAAUCAUUCCAGUGACAGUGUUCCCUUAACCCACGGAGCGCAUUCCAUCUUGUCAACAUUCUAAGCGUUUUCAUUUUCUAUUGGAACUGCCUGUUGAAACCAUGAGAAUUAGAUUCCAUAACUUCUGUGGUUUUAUUGCCUUGCAUUCGUCAUUCUGGUAGUGGUAAGAAUGCCAGCCAAUACACUGCUGUGGCCAUAUGAGAAGGUUUUAUUAUGCUUGCAUGGGUAACAUAGUUAACUGGGUGACUGAACUGCACCCAAAGCAUGCUUAUUUUUCUAGAAUCGGUAGUUAGACUUUUAAAGACUUGCUGUUCUGUAAAACGAAGAACGUUGGUUUGACGUGUCACAGAACUCUGAAAGACGGAGGGCAUGUGAUUGGAGGGAAGAGGAGAACCCUUCAAAUACAAACUAUGAUCAAUCUGCAGUAUUUACUGACCAUAUUUCCAGGGGUAGCAUGAGGGCAAGUUUUUCUAGAAGCAAGUUGAAACUUUUUUUUAACACAUUUUAUUUUUCAUUCAUUUGGAUAUAGAGAUGGUGUGCUCUCAACUUCAAAUACCUGAACAGUUCGGACACUCUUUUGGCAGUAUACUGCAAGUAUUAUACUAGACAACCAUACACACACACACACACACACACACACAGGCAACAGUACACUGCACUGGACAUAUCCAGAUAUGCCGAUAGGUAUGUCAAGGCACAGUCAGUCUCACUUGUACACAGUUCAGCAGAUGGAGCUCAUCAUUGUGUUAUUUUCCUAGCCUGCUCCUAGUCCUAGGGAACGGCUCACCUCCCUUCCGUCUUUUACUCAGGGUGCCAAAAUGGGGAGGAGGAAGUGGAGCAGGACACUGAUUGGUGAUUCACUGCAGAGAGAGAGGACAUACUGUAUUGAAGUAGGAUAGGAAGAUGCAACACCCCUCAACAGAACUUUCUGGUCAAGACAGGCAAAGGAUUACUAUGAUCCUGGAUACAUUACUGUUAUCCAUUUCCUCUCAGAUAAGUAAGCUGAACUGAGGAGAGAUGUAAGGACACUAAAUCAAAAAUAGGGGAUACAAAACAUUGUAGUGUAGCUAAUUAUAAUUGAGACAAGUUGAUCACAAUUGACAGUACGGUCAAUUAUUUCUGUCUUGGCUAUAGCUCAGACAGAAAGGAGUUUGCAUUAUGGGACACUAUGGCUUGAAGUCUAAUGCAAAUGCUUAACUUUCUUUUAUAGACUAUGCUAAUGAGUAUAGUAACAUUUCAACCUUUGACCUCCUCUGACUUGAUGUUUCUCAGUAAAACAAGGACUUGCUAUGUAAUAGUAUCACACACAGCUUCAAAUAGUCUAUCGAGUUAUUCUCAGUUAUACAUUUCAUCUCAGUUAAGAUAUGGGUGAUAACAUGUUGAGACAUUUGAUUGGGGUCUUCCUGAGACUUUGAGGCAGUUGAAGAUGACCAGAUGUUAAAGGGACAGUUGUUUCAGAAAAAAAGCCCUUCAGGAAUGGCUGAUAGCCAUUUUCUGGGUGGUAUGACAGGUUAGCUAUAGAAACAGGCACUUCAUAUGGAUUUGAUUACCUUCAUUACACUCUGCUAAUUGACCCGAGGGACUAGCUUUCCUCCUUUACCUUUGUCAAUGCACCCAAACUACUGAAAGGUAGGCACAUCAGGACCACAGAGCAGAAACCAUCUCACAACGUUUUCCACUUGUGGACACAGAGCAAUAAGCAUUAUUUUGUGGAGACCUAUAGACCUAGUGAAGAUAGAAAAUGAUUGGACACAUUUAGUUGACGUACUCUUAUGCAAAUGCCAGUAUUGCAAGACAAGCAUUCAGUAGUUUAUGGACAUUCAGUAGUUUAUGAACAGCAAUUGUAUGGCACCCUUUACCGAACUGCACGUUUUCAUCAAUUCCAAACCAAGAAGAAAAAAAAUGGCCCUGCUUAAAUACAAAGUCGUGGGUCCUCGACACUUUGCAUGUGAACUAGUGUUAGAUACAUUUUCCUCUCCUCUAUAACUGUCUUCCUCUCUGUCUUUCCCUGUUGUGACCCUCUCUUUCUCUCCUUCCCCUAUUAUUUCAACCACUCCUUUUUCCCCGUUCUCCUAAUGUGUAUUGCUUUCUCCUACUUUUUCUUCCCCCUCUUUCUUGUUUGUUAGUUUUGUUUUUGUAAUUGUGCAUGUACAAGUGUCACUGACUCGAUGGAUAUGUAAAAAAAAAUAUUUAAAAAAUGAAGAGAUUUCAGCUGCUGAAGCCAUGCAAAACGUUUUGAAAUGCCCUUAAAAUAUGGAAGAUGUUUUCUGAAUGCUUUAUAUUCUUUCUGCUGUAAAAUAAUAAAAAAAGAAAAAAAUGAAGAAAACAAACAACAUUUGAUUUUGUCUCCUUUUCCCUCUACAGUAUCGUCCACUGCCUGUACUUUAGCCACAUUUUGUUGUAGUAACCCACUGCCAACUUAUUUACAUGCCUACUAAUUGUUCUGCAAUAUAUUAACACUGCAUCAUGUUAGUGCUGUAAAUUCAGAUUUGACAUGCACUGUUAUAUGGGUAAUAUCAUGAAUACUGUCAUUCUGUCUAUCUGAUACUCACUUCACACCCAUAAAGAGUAUCAUCCUAUUCAGUAGACUAGAAUGUGGCAAUAAAAAACACAUAUGGUAUUUUACCUCAAAUCGCAGUUGAUAAGGCAAUCUUACCUCAGAUACUGUCCAGGCAGUAAAUUCAGAUUCAAAUUCAGAAAACUUUAAUGUCCUCAAUGAGGCAAUUCAUUUUUCACUAAUCACAACACAUACAGAUGAAAAAUACAUAUGUAAAAACAACAGAAUAGCAAAGGAUG